GCAUGGAAGAAAUUGAGCCACCUCCAGGAGUUGAUCUUAUGGUGGUAGAAGCGUCAUAUUGAUUAUGUCUAGUGCUUAAAACCGUUUUUCCUACCUGCGGAUUCCAGUCUAGUUCUUCAUCAUAAUUUCUCGGUUGUGAUAAACUGGGAUCCAUAGUGAUAGGAAAACUAAUCACUACAUCUAGGCACUCAUAGAGCUUCUCGUCUGUGCUACUAUACUCCAAUGUAGUCCAACUACAACUUUAUAGGACGAGCAGCUUUUACAUCUAUUACAGAUCGAAGCUCUUAGUGAAUUUGAUCACUUGAAGUUAUCCUUAUCGUUCCCUCAAUUUCCAUUGGUAUACUACUUACUUACGAUUUAUAAUUAUGGUCAUGUCUUUUAGUUUUAGAUGCAAGAUUACUUCGUAUUCUUUCCCUACCGUGCUGUCUGUGAGGCCUUACGCAGGUUCCUCCCUACAGAAUGCUUGCAUAGGUGGAAGUCCCUAUGUAGAAGCAAUAACAUGAACAUGCAUCCUUUCCCUUCCUGUUGUAAUUAUUCUUGUAAAGACCUAGAACAAGAACUUCUACGCGUGAGCUAGAACUACGCAUGAUCAAGCAGGAGGUGGCCCUCGUACCCUCUUUUCUACUCUACUAAUUUUAGUUGGCACCCAUUUUGGUUUUAGCGCGGGAACAUUCGACCGAAAUACAAACCUAGUGCAACUCGAAGCUAUCUGGAGAUAUGCUCUUGUUCGCGAUCUGCGCGACCUUGGGAUCAGACGGCGUACGCGCUUUCUCGGACCAUCGACUGAUGUUAAAGAUCGCCAAGAAUAUAACAUAAACGUGCUGUUUGAUGCUCGGCCAGACAGACAGAGCUACAACCUACUCGGCCAUAAUGCUUUUGACGUAGCAGACCUCGGCAAGAGAACAGGAGAGCAAGAACUACGAGGUAUAUUUUUCUCUUCUUGAUGAUGCUGUAAUUCUUGUAUGUAGGACACCAACAGCAAUACCAAUAGGCGGCGAAACGUGGGCGCCCUACUCUAUCCUAUGCUACUCUAUUCUAUCCUAUUCUAUCCUAUUCUGUCCUAUUCUGUCCUAUUCUAUCCUAUUCUAUCCUAUAUUAGUAUUUAUAGUAUUAGCAAUUGCCAGAAAUCUCUUAAGGGGCUGCCUUAAGGAGCUUCCUUAAGGAGCUCCGUUAAGGAAAUCAGUUUCCUUAAAGAAUUUUUAUUAUAAAAAGUUAUUAUAACUUUCCUUAAGAGGAAAAAAAUUUCCUUAAGGAGCUCCCUUAAGGACAAGCUGUUAUAAACUUAGGCUAAUAACAGCGGCUCCUUAAGGACCUUGCUAGUGCUACGAGUUCAAAGGUGUCACGAACGUGCUAGCGUGUUCGCGGCUGUUAGUUUGUAGGCUACUCACGUACACCAGCCACACCCGCAGCAAGACACUACGCGCCCACCCCUAGCGAAUCGCCCCAACGAACUGCCAACCGUUACCCUUGUCAUAUAUCGCCCAGCGCCUUCGCUUUUUUUCAAAAACUUCAGGGAGGUCAUUCAAAUACAGAGAAAACUGAACGACCUCCCCGAAGUUUUUGGGAAAAAGUUAGCUCGCUCCCCUUCCGCGACUACCUUCCGCGCACAGCAAUCGACCACGGCACAGGAGCGCGCGGCAGCCCUUGGAGAUGGUUGACCAGUAUACUUCUAACCAGCACAAAAGCGGGAGAAUUGUAAGGGAGAGGGUGAGCACUUGAAAAGGUAGAGGCUGACGAGCGUGAUCAUAUUGAUCGGCGAGAAGGCCAAAGAAAUACACUCAUCUCGGCGCUUGAAAGUCGCAGCCGUGGAGGAUGUCGAUGGCUGUGAGAAUGAUAGCCGUGAGCACUUGCGUGUCUGAAGGGUGGACCCUGGUGAGCAUCAUCAUACCCAUGAGAAGGCCAAAGGUGUGCAACUUUGCGCGUGAAAGUCGAAGCCGUUGAGGAUGUCGAUGUCUGUGAGAAUGAUAGCCGUGAGGACUUGCGUGUCUGAAGGGUGGACCCUGGUGAGCGUCAUCAUAUCCAUGAGAAGGCCAAAGAUAUACAUCUCUGUGUAUGAAAGUCGAAGCCGUUGAGGAUGUCGAUGUCUGUGAGAAUGAUAGCCGUGAGGACUUGCAUGUCUGAAGGGUGGACCUUGGUGACCGUCAUCAGAUCAACGAGAGGGCCAAAGACAUACAUCUCUUUUUGUGAAAGUCGAAGCCGUUGAGGAUGUCGAUGUCUGUGAGAAUGAUAGCCCUAGCCGUGAGGGCUUGCAUGUCUGAAGGGUGGACCCUGGUGAGCGUCAUCAUAUCCAUGAGAAGGCCAAGGGUAUACAUCUCUGUGCUUGAAAGUCGAAGCCGUUGGGGAUGUCGAUGCCUGUGAGAAUGAUAGCCGUGAGGACUUGCAUGUCUGAAGGGUGGACCCAGGUGAGCAUCAUCAUAUCCAUGAGAAGGCCAAAGAUGUACAUCUCUGCGCUUGAAAGUCGAAGCCGUUGAGGAUGUCGAUGUCUGUGAGACUGAUAGCCGUGAGAACUUGCAUCUCUGAAGGGUGGACCCUGGUGAGCGUCAUCACAUCCAUGAGAAGGCCAAAGAUAUACAUCUAUGCGCUUGAGUGUCGAAGCCGUUGAGGAUGUCGAUGCUUGUGAGACUGAUAGCCGUGAGCACUUGCAGUUCUGAAGGGUGGACCUUGUGGAGCGUCAUCAUACUCAUGAGAAAGCCAAUGGCAUACAUCUCUGCGCUUGAAAGUCGAAGCCGUUGGGGGUGUCGAUGUCUGUGAGAGUGAUAGCCUUGAGCACUUGCGUGUCUGAAGGGUGGACCCUGGUGAGCGUCAUCACGAUCACAUCCAUGAGAAGGCCAAAGGUGUACAGCUUUGCCUGUGAAAGUCGAAGCCGUUGAGGAUGUCGAUUUCUGUGAGCAAGUAGAUAAGGGCGGACCCUGGCGGGCGUCAUCAUGUCCAUGAGAAGGCCAAGCGCAUGCAUCUCCGUCGGUGAAGGCUGAAGGCUGAGGACGUCGAUGCCUGUGUGUGAGAAUGAUAAAUGUGGGCCAUUGGUUGCAUGUCUGAGGCGCGGACCGUGGUGGGCGUCUUGCGUCAUGUCCAUGAAACGGCCAAGCUUAUAGACACAUGCCCGCGCCUGAAGGUUGGGGCUCAGCUUCUGCCUCUGCGCAUAGAUAUGCCCAGGCGUGGCUUUCUCAUGGGCCUCGUCCAACCAUGACGCUCGCCAGUGUCAGCCUUUUGCCAUCCCAUGGGUAUGCUAUGCUUUGGGAUUCUCCUGGACAUGAUCACACUCAAAAGGGCCCAACCUCUGUGCCUACAUAUGUCCAAGCGUGGCCUUCUCAUGGACUCCAUGACGCUCAGCGGGCCAGCCUUGGCGCCCAUUGGCUUGCCCCUAGCAAGCAAGUUGGCCAAGGCAGUAGCCAUAGCGGUAGUCUCCUCACUAGCCUCGCCACAGUGGGGGCCAGCUUCACAGCCUUGGCGAGCAGACUUGGCGACUUUUUUCGUUUGUCUUUCUGUCUCUUAGUAGUCAACCUGUCUAGUUGUUAACCUAUGCCCAGCGCAGCGGGCCCUUGAUGGGCCCGCUUUCUGGGCAUGUAUCCUAUAUUCUAUCCUAUAUUCUAUCCUAUAUUCUAUCCUAUAUUCUAUCCUAUAUUCUAUCCUAUAUUCUAUCCUAUAUUCUAUCCUAUAUUCUAUCCUAUAUUCUAUCCUAUAUUCUAUCCUAUAUUCUAUCCUAUAUUCUAUCCUAUAUUCUAUCCUAUUCUAUCCUAUCAAGAACGAGCAUUAGCAGGGGAAUAAAGGAGGAGUUAAGAAUUUAUAUAGUUAUAAUAGAGUGUUCGUUCAGGUCACCGAUUCAUCCUCGGAGUCGAGCCAGGUGCAGGGGGGCUUCGAUGUGCAGGAUUCACAACCUAACCUAAGCUAAUCGCUCGUUCCUGACGGAUGAUGUCGGACGUUGACCUUGGUGAGCUAGCACCCAUAGGCAAGGUCAACGACUCCGUUCCGAUAUCGUCGCGAGCACCUAGCUUUCCCCUUUCUUCCUGGUGGGACUUUAUAUUAAGUCCUAUUCGUCAUCUCCUUUAUAUGAAGUCCUCACUAGGUCUAAUUUAGCUUAUCUCCUUCUAUAAUGUCUUUGAGUCUUAGACUCUUCCUCAUACACAAGCAUAUUAGCCAUCCUCAAUCUUUCAAACCAAACGUCAUAGGCAGAACACAACAAACAAAAAUGUCCUGUUGCAGCGAAGCAGCCUCUCCAUCCUGUGUUCGGGAUGUGAAAUAUUUUUUUCGAGUAUCUAAGGUUAACAGGUAAGCCUAACUAUCCUAUGCUAUCAAUAGUAUUCUAAUACUUGUUGACAUUACAACCUUAACCGUGGAUAGUAGUGCUACUUGAGACGCGAAUGAAUGAACAUCAAAAAGCUUCUUAUUUUGAUUGAUUCUUGGAGUCAUUUCAUACUCAGUAUGAUAUACUAGAAUAAUGAAAUUCUUCGGUCUACUUAGACUAUCUUUCAACCCUUCUACAACAGACAAACGCUGGAGCAGCGCUUCGAGAAUUGCAGAGGC